UUUAAUUUCAUCAAUAUCUUCUUACUUCCAUUAUAUAAAUGUGGGACUGUCUUGAGCAACAUGCUAUAGCUUUUGCUUCCUGAUUGUUUAAUUUUCCUUUCUAACAACAUUAAUAAUCCAAUAAGGCCGCAGAUUAUCACACACGAAUUAAUAGGAAGACAUGGCGCAAGAGUCGUACGAGGAAGCAAUUGCCGGACUCACAAAGCUUCUCAGUGAGAAAGCCGACCUUCAGGAUGCCGCCGCCGCAAAGAUCCGGCAAAUAACCACUGAAUUGGCCGGGACCACCGCCAAUUCAAAUGGCUUCGACCCGGUUGAUAGGAUCAGAACCGGGUUCACCCAUUUUAAGAAGUCCAAAUUCGAGACGAAUCCUGACUUGUAUGGUCAACUUGCGAAAGGCCAAAGCCCAAAGUUUUUGGUAUUUGCGUGUUCGGAUUCCCGAGUUUGCCCUUCGCACAUAUUGAAUUUUCAACCAGGGGAGGCCUUUGUGGUUCGUAAUAUCGCUAGCAUGGUCCCACCAUUUGACAAGAAAAAAUAUUCAGGAGCGGGUGCAGCAAUUGAAUAUGCAGUAUUGCAUCUUAAGGUGGAGAAUAUAGUGGUGAUUGGACAUAGCUGCUGUGGUGGUAUUAAGGGCCUCAUGUCCAUCCCGGAUGACGGAACCAUUUCCAGUGAUUUCAUUGAGAAUUGGGUGCAAAUUUGCACACCUGCCAGAACCAAGACCCAGUCAUAUUGCACCGACUUGAGUUUCGAGGACAAAUGCACAAACUGCGAGAAGGAGGCCGUGAACGUUUCCCUUGGAAACUUGCUGUCAUAUCCUUUUGUAAGAGAAGCUGUUGUCAACAAGCAACUGUUCAUAAGGGGUGCACAUUACAACUUUGUCUCUGGAGCUUUUGAGCUUUGGAAUCUUGAUUUUAAUAUCUCACCUUCUCUAGCAGUUUGAAAAUACUAUACAAUACCUUCUCGACGACAAUAAUCAAACUCGGCCGAUCGGUUAUUUUUUAGUUUCUUCCCUUUCUGCAAUGCGUCUGUAUUCUACUCUGCUGUAAUUUGAUGCGAGGCUCAUGAAGGACUUAUUUAUACUUGCAGGGAUGUCUUCCCCUCCAAUAAGAGUUUCUUUUUUUUUCUUUCACUUCCCUUUUGUUCCCUUAUCUUGAAAAUGUUUCCUGUAAUCACCCCCACUUUUGUAAUGUUAUAAACAAUAAGUAUAAUGAAAUGUCUUGCUUCAUUC